AGGUUGAGAAGGUCAUUUCGUGUGUCACAGUGAGUUGGUGAUCCACGAUCAGACCUAAGAAGUUCAUGUUUUUUAUGGACUUUUAUCGGGCAAGAAUCCAUAACAACAAGUGACAACAUCAUACGCAUUCUUGUUGAAGCGGCAAGACCAAAAGAAUGAAGCAAAAUAUCGAGGAACUACUCAAUCGAUACUUUUGUUGAGCUUCUGCUGCGCCGGUCAAGGACAAGGAACCCGAAGAGGCCGGACUGACAGACGUACGUGGAACAAGCACAAUUAUUACUUUGUAACGACGAGGAGCCUCCGCCUCGUAAGUAGACAAUUCCAAGAUCAUCCACCUUCGCCUCCACGACGGCAGAAAAAUAUAACAUCACUUGUUCUAGCCAUAUCCUCGAACAAGAACUAGGACUCACAACUAACUUAGACUUCUUCUAGACCUCCUUUCGCAGAACGAUUUCCGCCGCCCAAAAUGGCAGCAUCAGGACAGGCUAUGGUUCCCGGCAUGCUAGACGUGUAUGACCGGAACCAAGAAGCGACAAUAUAUGUUGGCAACGUCGACCAAAAAAUUGAUGAAGAAGUGCUGUGGGAACUCUUUCUUCAUGCAGGUCCAUUACAAGCAGUGACAACACCAAAAGACAAGAUCACGGGAACGCAUAUGGGGUACUUCUACAACUAGAACUACCUAGGUGAUCGAGAUUUUAAGAUUUUUAUGCUUCAAUCAUUAGAAAAGAUGUAGAAUGGUCAUUCUCUUGAUCAUCCCCAUCUCCAACAUCUCGUCUCACGUCAUCUCUACGAUUUUUAGAAGACCUGUCUGUCAUCUUUACCUCUACUUCAUCCACAUUAUGUCAAUGCCACCAGAUUUGCCUUCGUGGAAUUCAAGAACGAGGAGGAUGCAGACUACGCGUGUAAGAUAAUGAACAUGGUGAAACUUUUCAAUAAGCCAAUAAGAUGUACGAAAGCCACUGCGGAUAAGAAAACAGCAGACGUUGGCGCAAACCUCUUCGUCGGAAAUCUCGAUACGCUGUGCGACGAUAAGCUUCUGUAGGCCUACCCGCUUUUGAGCUUUAUUAAGUCUUCAAAACUUGUUGAUGUUUCUUAAGGAAGUUCAGGUCCACAUCCACAUUCACAUAGUGAUAGUGUAGUUUUACUUUUAGAAAAGUAGAAAGCCUUCUUGAUGAUGAUGUUUGUCCUAAUUGUUGCAAUGCAUAAUCCGCAAUCUAGUAGGUAGUCAGUUCGUGUUUUAAAUAUGCUUAGCUUCUUGCAAUCGUACUUUACUUACCACAGGUACGACACUUUCGCCUCAUUUGGGCAGUUAUUGUUUGCCAAAGUUAUGCGUGACCCGGACACGAAUGAGAGCCGAGGUUUUGGCUUCGUGUCUUAUGACACCUUCGAGGGUUCGGAUGCUGCAAUGGCGGCAAUGAACGGGCAGUUCUUGUGCAAUGCACCGAUUACGGUUUCAUACGCCUACAAAAAGGAUACGCGUGGUGAACGACACGGUGAUGCAACAGAACGACUGAUCGCGUCACACAAGCCCUCGCAAAUACCAAACGAAUACAUACCCGCACCGACAGAACUUGGUACUUCGACUUUUUAGAUAGUAUUUAUUUCAUGGUGAAUGGAGGAUCCGGAACCGGAAAAUUGAAUUAUGAUCUUCAUCUUCUUAAACAUAAUUAAUAUAUUUAUGGCGUUACUGCGAAGUGUUAGUGUUGAUGAACAUUCUUUCCUCGUCUUUGAGAACUUGAGAAGCACAAGAACAUAAUCGAUUUUUACAAAAUUCACAGCAUCAGCUGGAAAGGGAUUAGCAUUGCCUGACGGUCCCGCGCCGAUGCUCGUCGGCCGAACUCCGGGUGUUCCGCCUCCAAUUCCGGCGCAGCAACAGAAAGGCGCUGCCUUGAUGACACCUGGUGGUAUGCCGAUGGGCAUGGGCGGACCGCCGCCACUGCCAGGAGGAGGGCCGCCGGGCGGCAAGUUCGGUAUGCCGGGAGGACCGCCGCCAUUUCCACCAGGGGCGAAAGGUUUUCCGCCAGGACCACCGCCACCAGGAGGUAAGCAGUGGGGCAAGGGAUGGUAAAACGAGAUGGACCACUGUUGGCAGCCUAAAACUACUCUGCCUUGUUGUUUGAACCGAUGUUCGGAGCGUUAGGGAGCAGGAGCUGAAAGAGAUUGCGUUUUCUUGAUCCUCCAACCACAGCCGUGUCCGUUCUCACACCAACAAGGAUAUGUUUUUUUCUGUUUCAACAAUAAACUUAGGGAUAAUCCAUAAUGACACAUGAUUGAUCAUGUCAAGAUGGAAGUACGCUGGACAUUUCUUGUAAGACAUACCCCCGUCUGCACGUGAAAGUUGUAAUUCCCCAUGGAACUAGUUGUCCACCAGCCACUUACAUUUUCGCAUCCAUCUGUACGCAAAUGAUGGCGCUGAAUGAGAAAAAUCAGUUUCAUCCAAUGCUACCUAAGAUUGGACAAGAACAUUAUCUCAAACUUAUCGGUGGGCGGCGGUCAGAAAAUUGUUUCAAGUUUUUAAUUCUUAUGGAACCAUUGAUAUUAAGAUGUGUUCGACUACAACCCCUACAUCGUAGUUUCAUAAACUCACGCACAACGAGAGACAGACGAGAGUAGGACAU